GGAUUUCCAUCCUCAGCUCUUCGCAGUUUCCUCUCCUUGUUUUGCUUUCGAUCUGGACUGUUCUCAGGCAAGCCGGGGAGUAACUUUUAGUUUUGCUCCUGCGAUUAUUCAACUGACGGGCUUUCAUUUCCAUUUCACACACCCUAGCAACACUUAUACCUUGCGGAAUUGUACUGGUAGCGUGAAAAAAAGCACACUGAGAGGGUACCAUGCCGGUGGAAAGGAUGCGCAUGCGCCCGUGGCUGGAGGAACAGAUCAACUCCAACACGAUACCGGGGCUAAAGUGGCUGAACAAGGAAAAGAAGAUUUUUCAGAUCCCCUGGAUGCAUGCGGCUAGACAUGGGUGGGAUGUGGAAAAAGAUGCACCACUUUUCAGAAACUGGGCAAUUCAUACAGGAAAACAUCAACCAGGAGUAGAUAAACCUGAUCCAAAAACAUGGAAGGCGAAUUUUCGAUGUGCCAUGAACUCCUUGCCUGAUAUUGAAGAAGUUAAGGAUAAAAGUAUAAAGAAAGGAAACAAUGCCUUCAGAGUAUACCGGAUGUUGCCCUUAUCUGAGCGACCUUCUAAAAAAGGAAAGAAACCAAAGACAGAAAAAGAAGACAAAGUUAAGCACAUCAAGCAAGAACCAGUUGAGUCAUCUCUGGGGCUUAGUAAUGGAGUAAGUGAUCUUUCUCCCGAGUAUGCGGUCCUGACUUCAGCUAUAAAAAAUGAAGUGGACAGUACGGUGAACAUCAUAGUCGUGGGACCAUCAUCCCAUCUGGACAGCAACAUUGAGGAUCAAGAGAUUGUCACUAAUCCACCAGAUAUUUGCCAAGUUGUAGAGGUGACCACUGAGAGUGAUGAGCAGCCGGUCAGCAUGAGCGAGCUCUACCCUCUGCAGAUUUCCCCCGUGUCUUCCUACGCAGAAAGCGAAACGACCGACAGCGUGCCCAGCGACGAAGAGAACGCCGAGGGGCGGCCACACUGGUGGAAGAGGAACAUCGAAGGCAAACAGUACCUCAGCAACACGGGCACACGGAGCACAUACCUGCUGCCCAGCAUGGCGACCUUCGUCACUUCCAACAAGCCUGACCUGCAGGUCACCAUCAAAGAGGAGAGCUGUCCGCUGCCUUACAACAGCUCCUGGCCCCCCUUCGCGGACCUCCCCCUCUCUCCGUCCGUGACCCCAGCGCCCAGCAGCAGUCGGCCGGACCGCGAGACCCGGGCCAGCGUCAUCAAGAAGACGUCAGACAUCACCCAGGCCCGCGUCAAGAGCUGUUAAGCCUUUGACUCUCCCUGGUGGUUGUUGGGAUUUCUUGGCUAUGUUUUGUGAUUUGUUUGUAUUUUAUUUUUUUUCUCUCUGACACCUACUUUAGACAAAUCUAAGGGAAAAAGCCUUGAUAAUAGAACAUUGAUUUGCUGUGUCCAACUCCAGUACUGGAGCUUCUUUUUAACUCAGGACUCCAGCCCAUUGGUAGACACGUAUUUCUAGAGCCUGCUGGAUCUCCCAGGGCUACUCCCUCAAGUUCAAGGACCAACAGCCACACGGGCAGUGGAGGUGCCGCAUUGCCUACGGUCAAGGCCAGCAUGGUGGAGUGGAUGCCUCAGAACGGACGAGAAAAUGUGAACUAGCUGGAAUUUUUUAUUCUUGUGAAUAUGUACAUAGGGCAGUCCUAGCGACGCUGCAGUCUGCUUCUGCACCUUAUCUUAAAGCACUUACAGAUAGGCCUUCUCUCGCCCUUGCUCUGUCCCACAGCACAGCCCGCCUCCCCUCUGCUGUUCCCCGCCUCCCACCCCGUCCCGUCCACUUCCUUCCCUCCUUUUCCUCCCCUCGGAGGCUCUGUUCUGCAUCCGGAGGAGAAGAAGAAAAUGAACUUCUCCACAGAUGUCCCAUUUUAAGACUGCUUAAAAAAAAAUAUUUCUAAUCUGCCAUGCUUGAAUGCCACGCGGUACAAAGGAAAACGAUCAUGGAAAUAUUAUGCAAAUUCCCAGAUUGGAAGACAAAAAUACUCUAAUUCUAACCAGAGCAAGCUUUUUUAUUUUUUAUACAGGGGAAUAUUUUAUUCAAGGUAAAAUUCUAAAUAAAAUAUAAUUGUUUUUUAUCUUUUCUACAGCAAAUUUAUAAUUUUAAGAUUCCUUUUCUUGUUUAUCAGCAGUUGUUAUUACAUCCUUGUGGCACAUUUUUUUUUUUUUUAAUUUUGUAAAGGUGAAGAAAAGCUUUUAUGAGCUCAUGUAGCAAUCAGAUUAUCCUGUGGAUUGAUAAUAAAUGAAUAUGGUAUAUA